CAUGCUAUCAACUAUCAAGCACAAGUAUUUCCUUUCGGAAAAAAAAGCACAAAUCUUCACUUCUUCUCUUCUACGUUCGUUCACUGGUCAUAGCCCUGGACUUGAAUUGUUUAGGGCAUAGCAAUAUGGCCAUGAACGUCUCCACCAUUGCCACCACCACCACAUUCGCCUCCGCAUCCUCCAUCAACACCGUCAAAAUCCUGCUCAUCACUCUCUUCAUUUCCAUUGUCAGUACUGUUAUAAAACUUCAAAAGAGGGCUGCCCACAAGAAACCAGGAAAGAAACUCCCACUCCCUCCCGGUCCUACUCCAUGGCCACUCAUCGGAAACAUUCCCGAAAUGAUCCGGUACAGACCGACUUUUCGGUGGAUUCACCAACUCAUGAAGGACAUGAACACUGAUAUUUGUCUCAUUCGUUUUGGAAGAACUAACGUUGUUCCUGUUAGCUGUCCUGUCCUUGCUCGCGAAAUACUGAAAAAGAAUGAUGCUGUCUUCUCUAACAGGCCAACGACUCUAUCUGCUAAAUCAAUGAGCGGAGGAUACUUGACGACGAUUGUGGUGCCCUAUAAUGACCAAUGGAAGAAAAUGAGGAAGAUCCUAACCUCAGAGAUCAUUUCUCCUGCUAGGCACAAGUGGCUCCACGAUAAGAGAGCUGAGGAAGCAGAUAAUCUUGUGUUCUAUAUCCAUAACCAGUACAAGAGCAACAAGAAUGUGAAUUUGAGAAUUGCCACCAGGCAUUACUGUGGGAAUGUGAUCAGAAAGAUGGUGUUUAGCAAGAGAUACUUCGGGAAGGGAAUGCCUGAUGGAGGACCAGGGCGUGAAGAAAUCGAACACAUUGAUGCAAUUUUCAUUGCUCUUAAAUACUUGUAUGGAUUUUGCAUAUCUGAUUACAUGCCUUUCUUGCUGGGGCUUGACCUCGAUGGCCAGGAAAAGUUCGUACUCGAUGCAAAUAAGAUCAUAAGGAAUUAUCAGAACCCUAUAGUAGAUGAGAGGAUCCAACAAUGGAGGAGUGGUGAAAGGAAGGAAAUGGAAGACUUGCUUGAUGUUUUCAUAACUCUCCAGGAUUCAGAUGGCAAGCCGUUGCUGACACCAGACGAGAUCAAGAAUCAAAUCGCUGAAAUUAUGAUAGCAACAGUGGAUAACCCAUCAAACGCAAUCGAAUGGGCAAUGGGGGAGAUGCUAAAUCAACCUGAAAUCCUGGCAAAGGCCACAGAGGAACUUGACAGGGUGGUUGGCAAAGAUAGGCUUGUGCAAGAAUCUGAUAUCCCCAACCUUAAUUACGUCAAAGCCUGUGCAAGAGAGGCCUUUAGACUCCAUCCCGUUGCACACUUCAAUGUCCCUCAUGUAGCUAUGGAAGACACUGUUAUUGGUGAUUACUUUAUUCCAAAGGGUAGCUGGGCCAUUCUUAGCCGCUACGGGCUUGGCAGGAACCCAAAGACAUGGCCUGAUCCACUCAAGUACGACCCAGAAAGACAUUUGAAUGAGGGAGAGGUGGUGCUAACUGAGCACGACUUAAGGUUCGUAACUUUCAGCACUGGAAGGCGAGGGUGCGUAGCAGCUUUGCUUGGAAGUGCCAUGAUUACGAUGUUGCUAGCCAGGAUGCUUCAGUGCUUCACAUGGACUCCACCAGCGAAUGUUACCGAGAUUGAUCUCACUGAGACCCUCGAUGAGCUUACUCCUGCUACACCCAUCUCUGCAUUUGCUAUGCCCCGUUUGGCUACUCAUCUCUACCCUACUUCACCUUGAAAGAGAGUGAUGAAUCUGAGUUCUUAGAACCUUUAUGAUUUGCAAAACAAUAAAAAUAAAAAUCAUUUGGUUAUAUGUAAUUAGGAGGUAACCUUACAGACUGCUUGUUAUUGAGAGUUUUAAACUCUCAAAAUAAUAUUUGUGUGGCCACUUCUUCAUCUUGUAUCUUUUGCAAUUGCUCCUUUUGCUAUAUAAAAUUGCCUUAUAUGAA